AUGACAAUGGAAAUUGAGAACAACACGUCGAACAACUCGCAGAAGAUUAAGGAUUGCUUUAACUUCUACGAUCGCGACUACGACGGAAAAAUAAACGUAAAGCAGCUUGGGACCUUGAUCAGAUCAUUGGGAUGCGCACCAACCGAAGAAGAAGUUUUGGGAUACAUCAAAGAAUUCAACAUAGAAGGAGAGGCUUUCCAGCUCGAACAAUUUGAGCUUAUUAUGGACAGAGAACAGAGUAAGCCAGACACAAGAGAAAUUAAAUUAAAAAAGGCGUUUGAGGUUUUCGACCAAGACCACGACGGCAAAAUCAAGGCAGCAGAUCUCGCACACAACUUGAUGACUGUCGGAGAUAAAAUGACAAAAGAAGAAGUUGAUAAGGUCUUUGCUAUUCUCGGUAUCACUAUGGAGUCCGAAAUCGACUUACCGACUUUCCUUAAGCUUGUUGCUCUUUAA